AAACACUAGUUCCCUUGUCCAGGCGGGAGUGCGCGCACGAGCGCGGGCGUGUGGUAGGAGGCAGGGUGUGGGAACAAUGACCUCACUGCGCUCUAUCCCCGCCCCUCUACGGCAUCAGUAGCGGAAGUUCCGUUGUGAUCUGGGCUAGCAAGCGUACCCCUUACAGUGUAUGUGUGGCAACAACAUGUCUGUGCCGCUGCUUGCCGAGGCUGUGACGGUGUCUGGGACGGAGAAGGAGACAGCUGCGGUGAUCUUCCUUCAUGGGCUCGGAGAUUCUGGGCAUGGUUGGGCAGAAGCAAUGACAUCUAUUCGGCUGCCAUAUGUGAAGUACAUCUGUCCCCACGCGCCUCAAAUGCCCGUCACUCUCAAUAUGAACAUGACCAUGUCGUCAUGGUUUGACCUGAUGGGACUGAAGCCCGAGUCUCCUGAGGACGAGCUUGGAAUCAAGAAGGCGGCAGAGAGCAUUAAGGUCAUCAUCGACCACGAGGCCAAAAACGGCAUCCCGCCCAAUCGGGUGCUGCUGGGCGGGUUUUCUCAGGGCGGCGCUCUCUCCCUCUACACUGCCCUCACCUGUCAGCAGCAGCUGGCGGGUGUGGUCGCUCUUAGUUGUUGGUUGCCACUUCACAAGACCUUCCCCCAGGCGGCGUUCGGGAGUGGCAACCGGGAUACGCCCAUCUUGCAGUGCCAUGGGGAGAUGGACCCCAUGAUCCCUGUGCAGUUCGGAGCCCUCACCGCCGAAAAGCUGAAGACCAUCGUUUCAGCUCACAAAGUCACCUUCCAUACCUACCCUGGCCUCAUGCACACCUCCUGUCCUCAGGAGAUGUCUGCGGUGAAGGAAUUCAUUGAGAAGCAGUUGCCCCGAAUCUGACCUCACUUUAAUCCCACUGUGACCCCAGACAGUGACCCCUCACCUCUGACCUGCCAUUCUCCCCAUAGGAAACAGCCAUGAGCACCCCAUACAGAUUUCACACACAAAUAUGUAUUAACAGUUAAACAUCCACAUACUGUGAACAUGUUGAUUUUACAUAUGGUAAAGCCUCAAGCCUUCCUUUCGACCCAGACUCACAUGAAUACAAAUUUAUAAACAAAACGCCAAACUCUACUCAAACACUGUAACCCGUCUGUAAACGCACAUUGUCAACACACACUGAAGCGUGCACUCAAGAUUAACGGUGCAAGUUUUACAGUCUUACUUAAAAGGGAGAGUCAUUGACUUAGUACACUUCUCCAUCACACUCUCCUUGCUCUCUCUCUCUCCCUCACGUUCGCUUUCUUUUUUUUCUCACUCUCUUCCUGGACACUCACGCCCUCUAACGCUGGUGUGUGUCAGUAAGUGGGUCAGUUUACUGGAUGGCUAUUUCAUCUCCUUUAUAAGCAGAACUCAGUAUUAUUAGCAUUACCCCCUUACUAAACAGAGAAAGCAUUGGCAUGGACUAUCUCUGAUCUGGAGACCUGUGCGUGUUCUGGCACCGUCUGGAGUGACUCAGGCUGUUCUGUUCCGCAUGAUUUACCCACAGUGCACUGCUGCUGCAGCUGUGGUCCCCUGCUCAGGUGCUGGUGAUGAAUCUCCUGCUCUUGGGUUUCUGUGCUUGUGCAAGAUUUCUCAGACUAUAAAACCUCUAAAUGAAUUCAAAUAAAGAAAUUAAUGGAUGAUUCAAA